AUGCAUUAUUAUCGAUACUAUGCGCAGCGUAAUCAUUAUGUCCGAACAACUUUAUCCAUAUUUACAUUUAUGAUUUUUUCGUUCCUGCUGUACUUAAAUUUUGAUCAUCUUGUCUAUGCAUAUCAAGUUUUACGUUUGCAAAGACAUAGUCAUAUUUCACUAAAUAGUGAAACUAAAGCUGGUGGCCCACUUGGAUCUCAACCUCGGAAAUUAAGAGGAAUAACUAGAAUCGAUCGAUUAAUAAGAUAUCAUGAUUUUAAUUAUUUACAAGCUAAGACAUUAACCUAUGAAAACCAUACCUAUUACAAUCAUAUUCCAAUAUUAUAUCGUUUACCGCAGAAAGUUACAACGUCAGCUUUAUUGCUAAUUUUUCAUGGUUGUAGUCGUUCAGCAAAUGAUUGGUUUCAUACGUUUGAACGACAACGGAUUAUUGGUGCUGCCAUUGAUCUUGGCUAUGGUUGUUUAGCAUUCCAAGCAACAGAUGAGUUUACACGUUGUUGGUCGCAUAAUGUGAAUUUUAAAGAAAAUAAUGAUGCACAAAUGAUAUUCAAAGGACUUGAAGGAUUCUAUAAAGAAAAUCCAGCAUUAGAAAAUUUACCACGUUUUACAUUUGGUGCAUCAAGCGGAGGAAUAUUCUCAAGUAUAUUUGUCACCAAUCAACGCUAUCCAAUUCAAGGACAGAUAUUAUUUAUAUCUAUUAUUCUUCCUGAAGUACUAGAAAAUCAUGUUAAAAAAAAGAAAUAUCCACCCACGGCUUGGAUAUAUAUGCCACGUGAUAUGGAAUUUGCAUCCGAAGAACGUAUAAAUGCAUCGAUGGAUAUUUUCGCUCGAGAAAAUAUUCCUCAUAAAAGUUUUAACAUUGAUCCAAUUAUUGUCACAAGAACAACAUUUUACGAUCGUAUUCCAACAAUAGGCAGAGUUACAUCGCGUUAUCUUUUUAAACGUCUUGAACGAAAUCAUUGGUUUGAUUCCAAUUUUUGUUUCAUUUAUAAUCCACGACGAACCGAAACAUGGAAAGAAUUUUUAUUUUCUCCAGCAAAUGGUGAAAUGGAAACAGCUGAAGUGCAUAAGAUAAUUAAUAAUCAUAAAAAUAUCAUUCCAGAUUUUUUAAAUACAAUUUAUGGUGAACAUGAAAUUAGUUAUGAACGCUCAUAUGAGGCCUUGAAAUGGCUUCACGAUAUUUAUCAAAAUGAAAUUAAUUCUAAAACUUGA